UGUGACUGGGAGUUUUGGAGAGGCAGAGGAAAACGGGAGGGGGUGUUCCUGCACUCCAGUCGGCUCCGCUUCUAAAACCUCCUGCUCACCAUCUUCUUCUUCUUUCCGAGCUGACUCAUCGCAGACGCGCAUCACGUUCCAGUCCUCAUCUGAAGACUUGUGAAAUCAGAAACAUCUGCAUCGUUGCAUCUGCAGCUCACAUGUUCGGUGGCUUGCACAGCUAGCGUCAAAGAGUCCGUCUGGUCCUGGUCUUGUUCUGACUGGAGGGAUGAGGACGGAGGUUCUGGUCUUCUGGGCUUUGGUGGCCCUCUGCGGCGCCCUGGUCUGUGCUCAGGACACCACGGAGGAGAAGGAGGUCUCCACGGACCCAGCUCAGGUCAGAGGGGCCCUAGGACCGCUGGCCCGCAGGAGACGAGGGGAUGGCAAGGAGGUCGAGGUGCCGCACGAUGGAGAGUUAGCAGCAAAGGUGGCACCAAAGCCGAAGAAGAAGACACCGGAGGAAAUUGAAGCAGCCAAAGCGAAGAAAGCAGCAGAGAAGGAAGCCAAGGCAAAGAAGCAGAAGGCGCCCAAGCCCACCAAAAAACCCAAACCCCCCAAACCAACCAAAAAACCAAAACCGCCCAAGCCCACAAAGAAGCCAAAAGCAACAAAACCCACCAAAGCACCGAAGAGAACCACCACCACCACCACCGCCGCGGGUGUCUCUCAGGAGGAGGAGGAGAAGAGACUGCUGCUGGAGCUGGGUCUGGACACGAUUUUUCAACCGGAGGAGCCUGUGGAGCCGGGCCUGGAUAAGCGUCGCGGCGGAUUCCCUGAAGUCACAACCCCGGAGGUCAUCAUGUACAUACCAGAGGAGACCACCCCAGUCAGCUACUCUGGUCCCUGGUACGAGGAGUACGACUACACGGACCUGGCGGCCAAGAAGCAGCAGGAGGAGGAGGAGAGAGCUCGCAAGGAAAAGGCGGAGAAAGCUGAGCGGCUGAAGAAGAAGUGGGAGGAGGAGGAAGAGGAGAGACUGAGGAAGACCCCGGUGCCUCCUAAACCCAAAAACUGUCCUCCUCUCGGCCUGGAGUCUCACCGGGUGGAAGACGACCACCUGCUGGCGUCCUCCCAGUCUAAUCCAGGCUUCUCGGCUCAGAGGGGACGCCUCAACAUGCAGGCCUCCGAAAACGAGGAGGAUCCGUACGGUGGCGGCUGGUGUGCAGAGCCUGAAGAGAGAGACCACUGGUUUGAGGUGGAUGCCAUGCGAGAAGUGGAGUUCUCUGGCGUCAUCACUCAAGGAAGAAACUCAGAGCAGUAUGAGGACUUUGUGUCGUCCUACUUCAUAUCCUUCAGUAAUGACAGUCGUGACUGGACUGUGAUGCACGACGGCUAUGCCGAAUGGUUGUUUUAUGGGAAUGUGGAUAAGGACACGCCGGUGAUGAGUCAGUUUUCUUACCCCGUGGUGGCGCGGUAUAUCCGCAUCCUGCCUCAGAGCUGGAACGGCAGCCUCUGUAUGAGAGCGGAGAUCCUGGCCUGCCAACUACCCAAAAGCUACGCCAGUGAGAACGAAGUUGUCCCGUCUGACGACCUGGACUUCAGACACCACAACUACAAAGAGAUGAGACAGAUUAUGAAGACGAUAAACGAGGAGUGUCCCAACAUCACCAGGAUCUACAACAUCGGUAAAAGCUCACAGGGCCUGAAGAUGUACGCCAUGGAGAUCUCUGACAACCCCGGCGAGCAUGAAACAGGUGAACCUGAAUUCCGUUACACAGCUGGUAUCCAUGGUAACGAAGCGCUGGGGCGGGAGCUGCUCCUGCUGCUGAUGCAGUUCCUGUGCAAAGAAUACAACGACGAAAACCCGAGAGUGCGCCGCCUGGUGGACGGAGUGAGAAUCCACCUGGUGCCGUCGCUGAACCCGGACGCUUACGAGCUGGCCUACGAGAUGGGGUCAGAGAUGGGCAACUGGGCUCUCGGCCACUGGACCGAAGAAGGUUACGACAUCUUCCAGAACUUCCCAGAUCUCAACAGCAUCUUGUGGGGAGCCGAGGAGCGAGGCUGGGUACCUCGCAUAGUCCCCAACCAUCACCUCCCCCUGCCAGAGAACUUCCUCAAUGGUUCUCUCGCAGUUGAGACCAAAGCUUUAAUUUUGUGGAUGGAGCGACACCCGUUUGUGCUGGGAGCCAAUCUGCAAGGAGGGGAGAAGCUGGUGGCGUAUCCUUAUGACAUGCAGCGUCCAUCACCAUCCUCAAUCGACAACCGGCGUUGGAGAGUUAAUGCCGAGAUGAACGAGGAGACGUGGGCCCGAAUCCAGCGGCAGAACGAAGGAGCUCAGAGGGAGACUCCAGACGACACCAUGUUCCGCUGGCUGGCCAUGUCGUACGCCCACAGCCACCUGACCAUGACGGAGACCUACCGAGGAGCCUGCCACGCUGACGAUGUCACUGGAGGGCAGGGCAUCGUCAACAGAGCCGGCUGGAAGCCGGUGGUGGGCAGUAUGAAUGACUUCAGCUACCUGCACACCAACUGCUUUGAGCUGUCAGUCUUCCUGGGCUGUGACAAGUUUCCCCAUGAAAGCGAGCUUGCUGUGGAGUGGGAGAACAACCGGGAGGCUCUGCUGUCCUUCAUGGAACAGGUGAACCGAGGGAUCAAAGGUCUGGUGAGAGACAUCGAUGGAAGCCCGCUGGCCAACGCCACCAUCUCUGUGGAGGGAAUACGCCACGACGUCACCACUGCUGCAGGAGGAGACUACUGGCGGCUGCUGAACCCCGGUGAGUACAGGGUGACGGCCAAAGCCGACGGCUACACGUCCCAGACGCGCCUGUGCAUGGUUGGGUACGACUCCGGAGCCUCCCCCUGCAGCUUCACCUUAGCCCGAUCCAACUGGAACCGCAUCAAACAAAUCAUGGCGCUCAACGGGAACAGGCCGAUCCGACUGGUGCCCAAAGCGACGGCCGCCACCGUGGCGGCCCCCGCCACCACCGCCGGGACGGACACGCGAGUCGUUGCCCAGAACGCCGAGCGACUCAGGAGGCUGCGACUCAUGCGGUUACGAAGACUGCAGCAGCAGAGGAUACAGGCCAGACUCAGAACAACUCCUGUUACUACGACAACGACCACUACAACCACCACGACCACAACCACCACCAGACCUGAGACCGAGAGCACGACCUCCUGGUACGACUCCUGGUUCCCCGUGGACAUCUGGACAGAGAACCCGUUUGACAGCUUCAUGUUCAACUCCGCCCCCACGCAGGAGUACGCUUUUGAAUACACGAUCGAUUGAUUGAUUAGCACCAGCUUUACCCAGAGCCCUCACUAACCCCCUACUCUAAACAGUUGAAGCUUCUCGGAGGGAGGGGUGUGACUCUAGGAAACUCCCAGGACUCUCCAGGAGUGCGAGCCUCUGCUGAGCAGAGACUCCACCGGCGUUUGAUCGGCUCGUGCUGCAGCAAGCGUGCAGGACGAUCCAGAUCAAACCGGAUACAAUGAGGAUGUUCUCUCUCUCCACCUUCACAGCUUCAGUGUGACUUGCUCCUCUUUUUAAACUGAUUUAUUGUACUGCUGAAUGCAUUUGAUUAAAAGUUAUUUUGUAAAAUA